ACAGAUCCAAAUACAUCUCAUUCUGUGAGGAUAAUCCAGGAUGUGCAACACGACCAGCAGUCCACGCCGUACACUCAAACAGCUCCUCUUCACCAGGCAGAAACUGGCAGCUGUGCGAAAAACGGCGAAGGUUCUGCAACAAAAAGUGAAGCGGUUGAACAAAUCAGUGACAUCGCUGAAAGAAGUGGUACGCAAAUUAAGACAGAAGAACCUGGUUAGUGAAGACUCAUCCUACUCCUUAGAGGCAUUCCAUAAUAUUCCUCUAGAUAUCUUUUCCCGCAUGAUUGAAAAUCACAGACUUGGGACGCUUAGUAGGGAGAAAUAUCCGGCAGAUUUGGGAUGCUUUGCCUUAACCCUGCAAUUUUACUUUUAAAGUGAAAGAAGCUGCUGAGCAAGGAAGGAAAAUUGUGUGUGCGUUGAUGAUAGAUGAAAUAGGAAUGAAAAGCGGAUCAAUACAACAUUCUUAACCUUUCGUUGGUCGCGCUAUGAGGAAAUCCCCGCGUUUUUAUUUUUUUAUGAGAAUAUUUACCAAACUAUUUAAAAUAAAUAUUAAAUACAUCAGCUAUUCCUAUAUUCAAGUAUCAGAAGUCAAUAUAAAUGAUUAGUACAAUUAUAAUUACUCUAGUUUUUUUUUAACGAUUUUUUAAUGUGAGAAAACCGUGAAAUCGCGGCGAUUCCUUCACUGUGCGACCACAAUCGUAGGUGAAAUUUUUCAUGCGACGUUGCCAAAUACAUGAAAACAUUCUUUUGGCGGUCGAAACGGGUAGUACAGUAUGGUGGCGUGAUUUCAUCAGCCAAUGUUUUUAUUUAUCUCCAAGGAGGUUAUUCAUUUACCACUAAAAAAUGUAGCGUGAAAAUAAAUUAUUCAAUCAAAUUUAGUUGUAAGGAUCUUAGUGUAAUAAUUAUUUAAAGUUAUUAACUUGUUCCAACCAAGUAAGAAGGCAAGUGUUCACGUUUUAACAAUCACCUAGGUGCAAUAACUUUUUGUGAUACUAUGGAGAUAGAGGAAGAUUCAGACGACUCGAACGAGAUGUUUCCUGCAAAUGAUGCAGACAGCGAGUAUUCAGAUGCAGAUCCAGCGGAAAUAAAUGACAACGAUGUUGAUGAUAGUGAUAUCAAUUUUGAUUUAAGCGACGAGGAAAACUGCGAUACUAAUAGUACAAGUGAUAGUAGUCAAAAUUAUUAUUCAAGUGAAAAUAAGUCUAUUAAGUGGAGUAAAACUCCACCAGCAUCUUCUAAAACAAAAAAAAAAUUUGGUUAUCCACCUUCCUGGUGUAAAAGGAACUGCAAAGAAUCGUAAAACUCCUUUGGCGUGUUGGGAAUAUUUCUUUACUCCUGAUGAUAUUGAAGAUAUCGUUAAGUUUACGAACUUAAAAUUAGACAAAAUGAGAUCAAUUUAUGGAAGAGAAAGAGAUUGUGCCGCUACUGACAGUGAUGAGAUCAGAGCCUUGAUGGGUAUGUUAUACCUUGCAGGAAUAUAUAAAAUGUCUCAUGUAAAUGCCAAAGAUUUGUGGUCAACAGAUGGAAUGGCACCAGAAAUGUUUCGAUGUGUCAUGCCUUACAAGCGGUUCUAUUUACUAUUGAGAGCACUCCGCUUUGACAAUAUUGAUACUCGACAAGAUCGAGCUAUAACUGAUAAACUUGCUCCAAUACGUCAACUUUGGGAAGAUUUCAAUUUCAAGAGUCAGGAAGCUUACGUGCCUAGUGAGUAUUUUACAAUAGACGAAAUGAUGUCUAGUUUUCGUGGAAGGUGUAGUUUUAAGCAAUAUAUACCAUCUAAACCAAAUCGAUAUGGCCUGAAAUCAUUCGCUUUGUCUGAUGCUCGGACAUUUCAUGUGGUAAAACUUGAACUUUAUGCUGGAAAACAACCUCCUGGACCAUAUGAAGCUGACAAUAAACCUGCCAGUAUUGUUAAAAGAAUAACACAGCCAAUAUUGAAUACAGGUAGAAACAUCACCAUGGACAAUUGGUUUGUUUCCAUACCUGUAAUCCAAGAAUUACUUGAAAAAUAUAAUACUACGGUUGUGGGAACUAUUCGUAAAAAUAAACCAGAUUUACCAAGAGAAUUUGUAAUUGCUAAGAAAAGAGCUGUAAAUACGUCUAUGUUUGGUUUUUGUGACGACUUGACCUUAGUGUCGUAUGUACCAAAAAAAAAUAAGUGUGUUCUUAUGGUAUCGUCCAUGCAUCAAUCUUCAACUAUUGACGUUGAAACUGGGGAUAAAAAAAAAAACCGGAGAUUAUAACAUUUCAUAAUAAAACUAAAAGUGGAGUUGAUAUGACUGAUGAAUUGAAAGCUGCAUAUUCUGUUGCAAGGUGUAGUUUUGAUGGCCCUUAACUGCAUUCUUUACAUUAUUGGAUGUUGCAGGUAUAAAUAGCUUAAUUAUUUACGACAGUAACACUUGCACUGAAAACUCAAAGAAACUUGAAAGAAAUCUUUUUUUAAAAAUGUUGGCAAAUGAUUUAAUUGAACCAUAUUUAAAAAAAAGACUAUCGGUACCAUGUUUGUCAUAUGAACUUAAGUUCUCAAUUGAAAAAUUACUCGCUGCUAAUAAUAAUACAAAAAAAAAAAGAAGUGCUACUGAUGACGUCGAUGAUACUGUUACCGAAAAAGAAGAAGGAAAGUGUUAUCUUUGUCCAUCAAGGAAAAACCGCAAAUCAAAAUCUAAAUGUUGUAAAUGUUCUAAAUUUUCAUGUUCUGAACAUAUGGUUAAAAGAUGUGUCAAGUGUGAACUAAUUGUAAGAUCAGAAGACGAAAAAGAAUAAUUUCAAUUCACAGCUGUGAUAGUUUUGGCUGACAUUCAAAUAAUAAGUUUUUUUAAUUAAACAGUGUUUCAAAAAAAAAAAAA